UAUGCCAUGCUAAUCAUAAAGUACAAAUUUCAAUCAUUAAUAAAUCUCAAAUCUUGCAAAAUUAGGCAAAUACCAACCUUAUUCAACCAAACUUUGAAUUAAAUUCAAUAGAAAGAAACGAACCUCCUAACUCUACAAAGUGUACUUCCAAUCACUGUUCCUUUCCAAUUACUCCAACAAUUUCCUCAACUUCCCACCUGAUUUUGAUCUCUGACAUCUCUCCUUCCCAAAUCCAACCUCUUCAAUGGCAAUUUCAUCUUCCCCUUCAAUUUCCCACUAAAACACCCCAAAAAAACCCUUAAAAAUCGCAUCUGUUUUACUGGGGUUUGUCAAAAAACCAUGUUUCAUCAACAAAGAGCAGAAUUAAGAAGAUGGGUAGUUUCAUUUUUAUCCAAUCACAAAACCCUUUUCACAGUUUUAUGGAUCGUGGGAUUUGCAUCGGUUUUUAUAUGGCAGCGCAACAUUGUUGAUAAUUUGUUGUCAUUCCGGCGAGCUCCGGGACGCCCAAUGCCGAGGUUCAGGCCGUUUUCUUUCAACAUUUCGGAUUUCGGGGCGGUCGGUGAUGGCGAUACUGAUAAUACUGCGGCGUUUGAGAGGGCUAUUUCAACCAUUGCUAAGCUUGGGAAGAAAGGUGGAGGUCAGCUUAAUGUGCCACCUGGGGUUUGGCUUACUUGCCCUUUUAAUUUAACCAGUCAUAUGACUUUGUACCUUGCUGAAGAUGCUGUUAUUCUUGGAGUUGAUGAUGAGAAGAAAUGGCCAUUGAUGCCACCAUUGCCAUCAUAUGGAUAUGGGAGAGAGCAUCCUGGGCCCCGAUAUGGUAGCUUGAUUCAUGGUCAAAAUCUCAGAGAUGUUGUCAUAACUGGGAACAAUGGUACAAUUGAUGGCCAGGGACAGACAUGGUGGAAGAAGUACAAGCGGAAGGCCCUUAAUAAUACUAGAGGUCCUCUUGUACAGAUCAUGUGGUCAAGUGACAUUGUUAUUUCUGACAUUACUUUACGUAAUUCUCCUUUCUGGACAUUACAUCCUUAUGACUGCAAGAAUGUGACAAUCCGGAAUGUUACUAUUUUGGCUCCUGUGUUUGAAGCUCCAAACACCGAUGGUAUAGACCCAGAUUCAUGUGAAGAUAUGGUGAUUGAGGACUGUUACAUCAGCGUGGGGGAUGAUGGAAUAGCAAUAAAGAGUGGUUGGGAUCAAUAUGGCAUUGCUUAUGGCCGGCCCUCUAAAAACAUCCUCAUCCGAAAUCUUAUUGUUCGAUCUAUGGUCAGUGCUGGUGUAUCGAUAGGGAGUGAGAUGUCUGGUGGUGUGUCAAAUGUUACAGUUGAGAAUGUCCUUGUAUGGAGUUCUAGACGAGCUGUUCGAAUCAAAACAGCCCCAGGUAGGGGAGGAUAUGUACGACAUAUUACCUACAGAAAUCUAACAUUUGAUGAGGUGCGAGUUGGGAUAGUUAUAAAGACUGAUUACAAUGAACACCCAGAUGAGGGAUACGAUCCCAAAGCUCUCCCAAUCAUUGAAGACAUAAGCUUUACUUCAAUCCAUGGCCAGGGUGUUCGUGUACCUGUGAGAAUCCACGGGAGUGAGGAUAUCCCCAUUAGAAACAUCACAUUCCGUGACAUGUCUAUAGGAAUAUCAUAUAAGAAAAAGCGAAUAUUUCAGUGUGCCUUUGUACAAGGCCGUGUGAUUGGGUCCAUAUUCCCAGCUCCUUGUGAGAAUCUUGAUUUAUACGACGAAAUGGGAAAACUCGUAAGACCCUCAUCUUCACAAAACAUGACAGACAUAGAUUAUAAUAUAUGAGGUUUUCUUGAGAUUGCAGGGUGUUCGUUCUUUGUUCAGUAUGUCCCAGUAGCUGCAUUUAUGCCUUGUACCGAAAUUUUUGCUGAAAUGCAGGGGAUUGUAGCUUAGUUUUGUUGGCCAGAUUUCAUUUUCCACUUUCUUUAGGUUUUCCUUCAAUGUUGCUAGAAUUUUUAUUUCACUGAUGUGUAAAUAGAGCAGAUACACAGAUAAUGUACACAAAAUCGACGGCAAAUGGAAUCAAUAUCUUAAGAGUUCCGGAAACCAAGUUAGCAGAGAGAAAAAUGUGUAUUAUUAUUUUUUGUUAUUUUUACAAUGAUUUUCUUUUGAAUAUUUGUUUUAGAAAUGAGAUAUUCGUCUAUAAAUAAUCAAUUUAUUACCAUAUAUUUCUAGUUA